AUGUCAGUUAAAUCCGUUACCACCACCACUUUGUCCAUAGAAAUGGCGAAUCUUUCGAUAUCACCAAUUAUCCAACUAACCCGCGAAAGCAGCCCAAAAAUUGUCGAUGACUGUCCUAUUUGUUGCGAAAAAAUGAACGUAUCGAAAAACAACAUACGAGUGGAACAUUGCUGCAAACACACUUUUCACAGAGCAUGUCUUCGAACGUGGACAAAUGGGCAAAGAUCGGAGUAUAAAAAACCCACCUGCCCAAUGUGUCGAGGUGUAUGGCCGGUCGAAUUCGUCGAGCAGCUAUUUGAGGGAUGUGAAGAAGAAGAUGUUAUGAGUUUGCAGUAUAAGUGUUCAUGUAAUGAGGAUACUGGCUUCGACUUGCUUUCUCCAAAUAUGUUGCAGGGGUUGUCUGAAUGGCAGAAGAAUAGCCUUCGUGAUUUCAUCGAGUGCAUCGAGUGGUAUUACGAGUCUGAAAAGCUACGCUUCUGCAUUGUCUUCAUGAUGUGCCCCGAACACCCUCUGAACAUUGAUCCUGAAGAAUCAUCCGCGGAUGGCCAGUACAAAGUAAUGAAAACGUUGUUGGAGUGGGCUUUAAAGCAUGUUGUAGAAAACAAAACCCCCACUUCACAUUCGACAUUCGAAUUGAUUCCUCGCCCGCCCGGUUACGACUACUUUGGCCCUGACCCCUAUAUCGCCGAGAUCUCCGAGCCCUAG